CCUGACACCCUUAAAUACCAAGCAAAGGGAAGCAAAAACCCUUUGCAACAUAGUCAUAGCCACCGCCCUCUCUUCUUCUCUCUACAGAAAGAGAACACAAAACACACGGAGAAGAAAAGCAAUAAGAAGAAGAAGAAGAAGGAGUGAAGGAAGGAUGGCACAGUCACUUGAAUUGCUGCUGAUUCAAUUCUUGAUGCCAGACAACGAUGCCAGAAGGCAAGCCGAGGAGCAAAUUAAGAGGUUAGCCAAAGAUCCUCAAGUGGUCCCAGCCCUUGCUCAACACCUUCGCACCGCCAAAACUCCCAAUGUCCGCCAGCUCGCAGCCGUGCUCCUUCGCAAGAAGAUCACUGGGCACUGGGCUAAACUCCCUCCUCAGCUCAAACUCCUUGUCAAACAAUCUCUCAUUGAAAGCAUCACCAUGGAACACAGUCCUCCAGUGAGGAAAGCGAGUGCGAAUGUGGUGAGUAUAAUUGCGAAAUAUGCAGUUCCGGCUGGAGAAUGGCCUGAUUUGUUGCCCUUUUUGUUUCAAUGUAGUCAAAGUGCACAGGAAGAUCAUAGAGAAGUGGCAUUGAUCCUUUUCAGCUCUUUAACUGAAACUAUUGGGAAUGCAUUUCAACCUCAUCUUGCUGGUUUGCAAGCUCUUUUGCUCAAGUGUUUGCAGGAUGAUACUAGCAACCGUGUUAGAGUUGCUGCUCUCAAGGCAGUGGGAUCUUUUAUUGAAUUUACAAAUGACGGGGAUGAAGCGAUCAAAUUUCGCCAGUUCAUUCCCAGCAUUUUAAAUGUGGCUAGACAAUGCCUUUCAUCUGGUGACGAGGAUGUUGCAAUAAUUGCUUUCGAAAUCUUUGAUGAACUGAUUGAAUCUCCUGCACCUCUUCUUGGAGACUCUGUUAAAUCCAUUGUGCAGUUCUCUCUUGAAGUUUGUUCUAGUCAAAAUUUGGAGUCCAACACACGUCAUCAGGCUAUUCAGAUAAUUUCAUGGCUGGCAAAGUACAAACACGGUUCCCUGAAAAAGUAUAACCUGGUCAUCCCCAUUCUGCAAGUGAUGUGCCCCUUGCUUGCAGAAUCAGCUGAUGCUGAUGAAGAUGAUGAUCUUGCUCCUGAUCGAGCAGCUGCAGAAGUCAUUGACACUAUGGCUUUGAACCUCUCAAAGCAUGUCUUUCCCACUGUCUUUGAGUUUGCUUCCUUAAGCAGUCAGAGCGCAAAUCCAAAGUUCCGGGAAGCUUCUGUUACAGCUUUAGGUGUUGUUUCAGAGGGUUGUCUGGAGUUGAUGAAAGAUAAAUUGGAAUCUGUUCUUCAUAUUGUUUUAGGGGCUUUGAGGGAUCCAGAACAAAUGGUUAGAGGGGCUGCAUCAUUUGCCUUGGGUCAAUUUGCUGAGCAUUUGCAGCCUGAAAUUGUGUCUCACUAUGGAAGUGUUCUUCCCUGCAUUUUAAAUGCUCUUGAGGAUGCAUCUGAUGAAGUAAAGGAAAAGUCGUACUACGCUUUAGCAGCAUUUUGUGAGGACAUGGGUGAAGAAAUUCUUCCUUUCCUUGAUCCUUUGAUGGGGAAGCUACUUGCAGCCCUCCAAAAUAGCCCUCAUAAUUUGCAGGAAACAUGCAUGUCUGCAAUUGGUUCAGUUGCAACUGCUGCUGAGCAAGCCUUCAUUCCUUAUGCUGAAAGGGUUCUCGAGUUAAUGAAAUCCUUCAUGGUGCUUACCAAUGAUGAGGAUCUCCGAUCACGAGCAAGGGCUACUGAGCUUGUAGGAAUAGUUGCCAUGUCUGCUGGGAGAGCAAGGAUGGAACCAAUUCUUCCCCCUUUCAUGGAAGCUGCAAUUUCUGGUUUUGGAUUGGAGUUCAGCGAGCUUCGGGAGUAUACUCAUGGAUUCUUUAGCAAUGUAGCAGAAAUAAUGGAUGAUAGCUUUACACAGUAUCUUCCUCAUGUUGUACCCCUGGCAUUCGCUUCCUGCAAUCUUGAUGAUGGUUCUGCAGUGGACAUCAUUGAAUCUGAUGAUGAAAAUAUCAAUGGGUUUGGUGGAGUCUCAUCUGAUGAUGAAGCUCAUGAUGAACCAAGAGUUCGGAAUAUCAGUGUCAGAACAGGAGUGUUGGAUGAAAAGGCAGCUGCAACUCAAGCACUUGGCUUAUUUGCACUUCACACAAAGAGUUCUUAUGCCCCCUAUUUGGAGCAGACAUUAAAGAUUCUGGUGAGACAUUCAGGGUAUUUCCAUGAAGAUGUUCGGCUUCAGGCUAUCAUUGCUUUGAAAUCUAUUCUGACUGCAGCACAUGCACUCUUCCAGAGUCAAAAUGCCCAACAGGAAAAGGCAAGAGAAAUGCUUGAUACUGUGAUGGAUAUUUACAUCAAGACUAUGACUGGAGAUGAUGACAAGGAAGUAGUUGCUCAAGCAUGUACAAGUGUGACAGACAUCAUUAAGGAUUAUGGUUAUGCAGCUAUUGAACCUUAUAUGUCUCGGCUUGUUGAUGCAACUUUGGUAUUACUUAAAGAGGAGUCAGCUUGUCAGCAACUGGAAGAUGAUAGUGAUAUGGAUGAUGAUACGGAACAUGAUGAAGUGCUUAUGGAUGCAGUUUCUGAUCUUCUUCCUGCAUUUGCAAAGUCCAUGGGUUCUCAUUUUGCACCCAUCUUUGCUAACCUAUUUGAGCCUUUGAUGAAAUUUGCGAAAGCUUCACGCCCUCUGCAAGAUCGAACUAUGGUGGUUGCUUGCCUCGCAGAAGUUGCUCAGGACAUGGGUGCCCCAAUUGCGGGUUAUGUUGAUAGGGUGAUGCCCUUGGCGAUCAAAGAACUUGCUUCAUCAGAUGCAACUAACAGGAGGAAUGCUGCAUUUUGUGUUGGAGAAUUGUGCAAAAAUGGCGGGGAGUCAACUUUGAAAUAUUAUGGUGAUAUAUUGCGUGGACUCUUCCCUUUAUUUGGAGAGCCUGAGCCAGAUGAUGCUGUUAGGGAUAAUGCAGCUGGUGCAGUUGCAAGGAUGAUAAUGGCACAUCCCCAGGCUGUCCCAUUAAAUCAGGUUCUUCCUGUUUUCCUGAAAGUUCUCCCACUGAAAGAAGAUCAUGAAGAGUCCAUGGCUGUCUACAGUUGUGUCUCUACUCUCGUUUUGUCAUCCAAUCAACAGAUCCUUGCACUUGUUCCAGAGCUGGUCAAUCUUUUUGCUCAGGUUGUGGUUUCUCCAGUUGAAACUGCUGAAGUCAAGGCUCAAGUUGGAAGAGCUUUUGCACACCUGAUUUCACUCUAUGGCCAUCAAAUGCAACCUCUAUUAAGUAACCUAUCGCCUGCACAUGCUAGUGCUUUAGGUGCAUUUGCCCCCAAAAGCUGAUGGCUGGUUGAAUUGGCAAUUGUGAUUUCUUCCUUGGUUUUCUACAUGUCAUCCUUUACAGAGUGUGCUUCUCAAAGAAAACGUCUUGUGUUGCCUGCCUUGUAGUUGAAGGCUAAAUUCAGGAAGGACACCAAAGCAAUAUCGGGUUUGGAUCCUGCUGCUGUCUCCCCUAACUCUGUGGAGGGACUACCUUUUCUUCCAUCAUUUUUGUAUCACGCUAUUCAAUUUGUUAUUAGUUACAGCUCCAGUCUUCCAAUUUAUUUGUUUGUUCAGAUCGAGUGGCGAGUAUUUUUUGGUUUUCUGGCCAUGAUGAGAGAGAUUUUUGAGUGAUUUACGGAAUACAAAUUUGUGCCUUAUUAUUAUUACUUAAAAAGUAUAAAAUGUAAAAAACAUUCUUUUGAAAAAUCAUGUACAAUGGUGUGAUUUCUGCUU